AUGCCUCGCGAAGUCUCCGAUAUCAAGCAGUUCAUUGAGAUCUGCCGCCGGAAGGACGCUUCCUCCGCCCGGAUCAAGAAGAACACCAAGUCCCAGCAGAUCAAGUUCAAGGUCCGCUGCGAGCGCUUCCUGUACACCCUUGUCCUCAAGGACUCCGACAAGGCCGACAAGCUCAAGCAGAGCCUUCCCCCUGCCCUCAAGGUUGUCGACGUCACCAACGGCGACAAGAAGAAGUCCCUGUAA